UGAGGAGAUGUAAUCUAAUGUUUUGUCCACAGAAACCAACAGGAGAGAUCAGAGUCAGAGAUUCUCAGUGGUCAGUCUUCCCAGAGUCAUCAAACAGACCUGGCCUCCAUAUUCAGUUUGCUUGAAGAGAAAAUUAUGACAUUUGUGAAGAACGAGCUGAAGAUGUUCAAGAGGAUUCUUAGUCCAGAACUCCCAGAAGGCUUUGAGAGUCAGAAGCAGGAUAAGGAAGUGGUGGAUGCUGAAGAUGAGAAGCAGGAGAGCAGUGCCAGAGAGGGGGCUCUGAAGAUCACACUGCACAUCCUGAGGAAGAUGAACCAGAAGGAGCUUGCUGACACACUGGAGAAAUAUUCAGAUGAGCUUGCUGUGAUUUGCCAACGUGAACUCAAAUCUAAUCUAAAGAAGAAGUUUCAAUGUGUAUUUGAGGGGAUCGCUAAACAAGGAAACCCAACACUUCUCAAUAAGAUCUACACAGAGCUCUACAUCACAGAGGGUGGAACAGGAGAGGUCAAUAAUGAACAUGAGCUGAGACAGAUUGAGACAACAACCAGGAAACAAGCAAGACCAGAGACUGCAAUCAAAUGUAACGACAUCUUCAAACCCUUAACUGGACAAGAAAAACUUAUCAGAACUGUGCUGACAAAGGGAGUCGCUGGCAUUGGAAAAACAGUCUCUGUGCAGAAGUUCAUUCUGGACUGGGCUGAAGGAAAAGCAAAUCAGGAUGUCCAAUUUGUAUUUUCAUUCCCUUUUCGGGAGCUGAAUUUGAUGAAAGAGGACAAACACACUUUCAUUGAACUUCUUAAUCACUUCUCAAUGGAAACCAAACAAUCAGGAAUCUCCAUCUACAACAAGUACAAAGUUCUGUUCAUCUUUGAUGGUCUGGAUGAGUGCCGACUGCCCCUAGACUUCCAGAAGAACAAGAUCUGUUGGGACGUCACAGAGUCAACCUCAGUGGAUGUUCUGCUGACAAAUCUCAUCAAGGGAAAUCUGCUUCCCUCUGCUCUCCUCUGGAUAACUACCCGACCUGCAGCAGCCAAUAAGAUCCCUUCAGGGUGUGUUGACCAGGUGACAGAGGUACGAGGGUUCAAUGACCCACAGAAGGAGGAGUACUUCAGGAAGAGAUUCAGUGAUGAGGACCUGGCCAGCAGAAUCAUCUCACACAUAAAGACAUCAAGGAGCCUCCACAUCAUGUGCCACAUUCCAGUCUUCUGUUGGAUUUCUGCAACAGUCCUUGAACACAUGCUGAAACAUAAGAGAGAAGAGAUGCCCAAGACUCUGACUGAGAUGUACACACACCUUGUGGUGUUUCAUACCAAACAGAAGAAUGAAAAGUAUCUUGGGAAAGAAGAGACAGGUCCACACUGGAAUAAAGAGAGCAUUCUGUCACUGGGAAAACUGGCUUUUCAACAGCUUGUGAAUGGCAAUCUGAUUUUCUAUGAAGAAGACCUGAAAGAGGCUGGCAUUGAUGUUAAUGAAGCCUCAGUGUACUCAGGAUUGUGCACACAGCUCUUAAAAAGAGGAAUGUGGGCUGUACCAGGACAAGGUGUACUGCUUUGUUCAUCUGAGCAUUCAGGAGUUUCUGGCUGCUGUAUAUGUGUUCCUCUCAUUCAUCAACAACAAUGAGAAUCUCAUGGACAAACUGCA